UUUUAGUUUUUCCAGCUUUUAGUGAUUUUGGGGGGAUUGCUUUGAGAAAGAGAAAAGAAAAAGAAAAGAAAACCGCCAGCUGAGCUCUCUGCAUAUGCUUUCACUGCACACCAACAGCAACAACAACCCAACCGACUCUUUCUUUCUCUCUUAUUAGCUUUUUGAAGCUUUCAAGCCCAGAAAAAGCUUUCAACCCGAAAUAGUUCUCAGGGUCUCUUCAGUUUUCUCUAUAGCAAGCUACCGUUUUUACAUUAGCUUUAACCUCAGCUAUAAUCAACAAACCAAUCACAACUAUUGGUUUGGCUUUCCUUUUUUUUUUUUAAUUUUUUCUUUAUAGAACAAGAGGGAAGUUCCAGCUAGUGGAUUCUGCCGUCUUUCCUUGUCAUUUUCGUUUGAUUCUUGAGCUAAAGCUUUGGGAUUUUGCAAGAGAAAAAAAGGGGUUGCUUUUUAUUUUCAGGGAAAACAAAGAGAGGACAAAGGCUUCAGCUGCAAAAACAGAACUUUUUGCUUUGUUUGUUUUGGUCAAGUUUUUCUCUUUCAAAACCAAAAUACAGGGAUUCAAUCAAACUAUGAAAUUUGUAGCUUGAAUUGUAUAGAUAUGAGUGUAUAUGCAUUCUUAUAACACAUACAAAUUUUGCGUAUUUCCGAAAUGUAGCUAUAUGAGAAACCUUCAUUAAAUUUCCAAGUUCAAAAUUUCAAAUAUUUGGCUCUCAUUAAAAUUAAGCCUCUUUUGUUUUGCCACAAAAUUUGGAUAGUGCUUCUUUUCAGGUUCUACAUUGGGUUGAUUUGAUGAUUUUGUUUGAGAUUUAGUGCAAACCCAUGAAGAAUCUAUACUGGUUUAAGCAAAUCUCCAACAAUGUUAGGUCAGAGAGGAGGCUUUCACUUGGAGAAUACAAAAGAGCAAUUUCUUGGUCCAAGUAUUUGGUUUCCUCUGGUGCUGAGAUAAAGGGGGAAGGAGAAGAAGAAUGGAGUGCUGAUAUGUCACAGUUGUUUAUUGGCAACAAGUUUGCUUCAGGGAGACAUAGUAGGAUUUACAGAGGGAUAUAUAAGCAAAGAGAUGUAGCAAUUAAACUUAUAAGCCAGCCUGAGGAGGAUGCGAAUUUGGCUAACUUUCUUGAGAAGCAGUUCAUUUCUGAGGUGGCUUUGCUUUUUCAUUUGAGGCAUCCCAAUAUUAUUACUUUCGUUGCAGCUUGUAAGAAACCUCCUGUGUUCUGUAUAAUCACCGAGUAUCUUGCUGGUGGUUCACUAAGAAAGUACCUGCAUCAGCAGGAGCCAUAUUCAGUCCCACUCAAUUUAGUUCUCAAAUUAGCUCUUGACAUUGCACGUGGGAUGCAGUACCUUCAUUCAGAAGGAAUACUCCACAGGGAUCUCAAAUCAGAAAAUUUACUCCUUGGAGAAGAUAUGUGUGUGAAGGUGGCAGAUUUCGGUAUUUCAUGCUUAGAAUCUCAGUGUGGUAGUGCAAAGGGAUUUACAGGUACAUAUCGUUGGAUGGCACCUGAAAUGAUUAAAGAGAAACAUCAUACGAAGAAAGUUGAUGUCUAUAGUUUUGGCAUAGUCCUCUGGGAGCUUUUAACUGCUCUGACACCAUUUGACAACAUGACUCCAGAACAGGCUGCAUUUGCAGUCUGCCAAAAGAAUGCAAGACCACCGCUGCCCUCCACUUGCCCUCUUGCAUUUAGUCAUCUCAUCAACCGAUGCUGGUCAAGCAAUCCACAGAAACGACCACACUUUGAUGAGAUAGUUUCAAUUUUGGAACACUAUGCAGAGUCCCUUGAAGAGGAUCCGGAAUUUUUCUCAACUUAUAAACCUUCUCCCGAUCAUGCUAUUUUGAGAUGCCUACCGAAAUGCAUUGCCGGGCACUAUUGAUAUGCUUCUUUUAAAGCUUAGGAACUCUUGGUAAAUGAUGUGUGAUGCUAAGUGUACCAUAUUCCAUUACUUGUGUAGGUAGGGCUUCAGAUGUUCAAUCGAACUUAUAUAUAUAUUGGAACUGAAGUAGUUCCUUUUGAUUGGUACGUUUUA